AUGGAUCCCGAGGGCGCGCAGGCCACUGAUCAGAUGCAAACAGAAUCUUUACCUUCAUGUCCCAGCACUGUGUCACCGGUGAGGUUAAAUAAUCUGAUCGGUUCUCCAAGGUUUGGAACAGUUACUCCAAAUCGUGUCUUUGUUGGAGGAAUUGAUUUUAAGACUAAUGAAAAUGACCUGAAGAAGUUUUUUGCUCAGUAUGGCAGCGUGACAGAAGUGAAAAUAAUAAAUGACAGAGCUGGAGUAUCAAAGGGGUAUGGCUUUGUUACAUUUGAAACCCAAGAAGAGGCACAGAAGAUUUUACAAGAUGCUAAAAAGCUCAACUAUAAGGAUAAGAAAUUGAAUAUUGGACCAGCAAUAAGAAAACAAGUGCGGACUGGUACAAUGUAUGCAACUACUGCUGUAUCACCAGAAGCUGGUACAAUGUACUUGACCACUUCGAGUGGAUAUCCAUAUGUUUACCAUAAUGGAGUGGCUUAUUUUCAUACAUCUGAAGUCUCUCCUGUUCAGCAGCCAUGGCCAUCUCGCUCUGUUUCCAGUUCACCUGUGAUGGUUGCUCCACCUGUUUAUCAGUCUCCUACAUACCAUUAUCAGGCACCAACACAGUGUCUUUCAAGUCAGUGGCAGUGGUCUGUUCCACAGUCUCCUACCUCUUCACCUCCACUCCUGUAUCUGCAACCAUCUGAAGUCUUUUAUCAGCCAAUAGGAAUUAACCAGGAAGGGGGAUGUAUAUCUCCACCUCUCCUAAUGGAAGCUGCAGUUCCUGAGCUGUAUUCUGAUCAUGGAGUUCAAACGCUACAUCACCAGCCCUACGUCCAGAGUCACAUAGCCAUGCCUGCAGCUGAAUUGAGGUCGCAUUCUGUGAGAAGAAAUGUUCUGCAUCAUUCGUCUGGGAGCCUGAAACCUCAGUAUGCAUGAAGUCAUCAGUUUCAUCCUAGAAAAGAUUACAGAAUGGAAGAUAAACCUUUACACUACCUUCUACAGACGUAAAACACUGGGGUUUUUAGCUAUGUAUUUUGCUAAAAUAUUUAUCACAGAGAGGGUAUGUUCUUCCUAACCUCUGCCAUUUUCUUGCAGGUUCCCCAGUUAAAAUACCACUACUUUUUGUCAAGUAAUAGCUUGAAAUUUUGUAGUUUGGUCAGGUAAAACCACAUGAAAUAAUAAUUUUAUCCCUGCACUUCCUUUCUUAAUAGAAACCCUGUAACGGGACAAGAGGAUGAUUUC